AAUCUUCAUAUAUUGACAGAUUCAUAUUUAUCAAUGAUAGUAAACUCAAUAUUGAAUCAUUGAUCAAGAAUCUGAAGAAUAUGAUAAUGAAGAAAUUGUUCAUAUCAUGUGUGACUGAGUCUUCUAUGUCUUCUCUUAUCUCUUCUGCUGCUUCUUUCUCUGCUGCUUCUUUCUCUGUCUCUUUCUCUGUCACUUCUCAAUCUUCUACACUUGUCUCUGUGUCUGGUUCUCCCACUCCUGCUACCCCUGUUCCCGCAAUCCCUACUCUCACUACUUCUUGUUUUACCAUCUCUGUCUUUGUUACUAGCUCUUCUCAUUUCAAGAAGAUGUUGCAUAGACUCAGUGAAUCACAUUUUUCAAGAAUUAUUCUUCUCUUCAACAGUGUCAAGAUCAUAA